CAACAUGUUGACAAUGACAAUCUUUCCCGGUGUGUGUGGAUUUGGAAGCAUUGUAACUAAAAACAAUAAAUAAAUCCGGUCCCAAUCCAUCCACAUUUGUGCUCGCACGCCGCACGCUUACUUCCAAACACGAUGGCUAGCCGUGUAGCAAUGCUGUUGGGACAAGUAGUCCCAUGUGUUAAGGUGAACGCAUCCAAAAUACGAGUGCGACGAAUGGAGCUGGACACGAAUCUGAACAUGUACUUCAAAAAGGAUGAAUUUUACUUUGCCCACGAUCCGGACAAGCGGUGCAAAACGGGCGACAUCGUGCUGAUCAAGGAGCUGCCCGAAAGGCUUACACGGCUCAUUUCGCACUCCGUGGAAGAGAUCGUGUACCCGCUGGGCGACAUUACCGACCCGAUCACGGGCAAGAAGGUGGUCGUGGGCAAAUACCGCGAGGAUAUUGAGGAAGCGAAUCGGUUGUUCGGGAAAUCGAAGGAUGCGUUUGACUACGCCAACGCACCGCCGCGUGGUCGGUUGGAGGGUACGCGCGAUUUUACGCACGGAGAAACGUACAUCAAGUACCACGAGGACGGCAAAGAUCAACCAUUUGCAGUGUAAAAGUUAGUGUUUAAGCAUCCAACCACCGCGCUCCGUGCUGCAUUAUGAAUAAAAUAUGUACAGUAGUGUUGUUAUAGGACCCGGUCCUGUAAUUCAUCCUUUA